AGAGAGGGAGGGCACAGGCUCAGUGGGUCCGGGCUGCAGACGCUGAUCGUCGGUCAAUGAGCUUCAGCAGCUCUCGCUGUGCGCAGGUUCGCGGUGCGCGCUGAGACUUUUACGCACGGAUCAUCUGCUCCGGUGAAAUCAUGGAUUUGACUGAAAAUACUCUGUGAAAAAGUUGCGUUUGUUGUUUGUGACCUCAGACAUGGAGAGACUAUUAAACACAAUGAAGCCUCUCACCGUCAUCAUCUUCUUCACCGCUGUGGUGAGGGUGUGAGGAGCAGCGGAGGAUGACACCUGCACGCUCCGAGUCUCCACACUGACCAUCACUGACCAUCACUCUGCUCCGCGUGUCCACUCACACGCUGCAGCUGCACAAACGGCGCAUUUGUUGCGCUUAUUUUGCAUCAAGGACUGCGGUUAAAAUAAAAAAGGGGCGAGAGCAUCAACACAGGAAAUUAAAGCGGUGUAGAUGCUGACAUUCUCCUCAUCCUGACAUGUCUGCACCACUCGCCUCGUCCCGUCUCCUGCAAACACAGAUAUAAAAGAGAGGAGAGAAAAAAAAACCAGGGGUUAUUUCUCUGCACAACUCAGUACGACUGUCUCACAUCUGGAGUUGUGACUCACCAUGGGCACUGUACUGUCUCUGUCACCUGACUCUCGCAAAUCAGGCUACUAUGACAACCGUCCUGGCUCGCUCAGCCACUACCCGAGCAUCAGCAGCCGCUCUCUCAACAGCCAGAAAGACCGCGGGCUAAAGAGGGGCCAGUCCAUCUUCCUCCCAGCACUGACAUGGAAGCGACUGGUGGCCUCGACGAAGAAGAAAGGCAACACCAAGAAAGGCUGCGGUGUUCCGACGGCCCUCGGGGAGCCACUUAACAACAACAACAACAUCAACAUCUACCAGAAGGACUCUGUGCUGCACCUCAACCGCGAGAAUGUGAAGAAGUCGCUGUCGUGUGCCAACCUCUCCAGCUACGAGGGCCCAGCAGGACUAGGUCUGGGGCUUGGGUAUGGGCUGGGGAUGGGUCAGGGGCACGGAUACGCCUACAGCAAACCCCAGCAGCUCUCGUCUGUGAAAAAAGCUCCUCAGAACGUGUUGACGUCGUCUCCUAAGCGUGUCAUUGUCCAGGCUUCCACCAGCGAGCUCCUGCGCUGCCUGGGAGAGUUCCUGUGCUGUCGCUGCUACCGCCUGAAACAUCUGUCCCCGGCCGACCCGGUGCUGUGGCUGCGGGCCGUGGACCGCUCGCUGCUGCUGCAGGGCUGGCAGGACCAGGCCUUCGUCACGCCUGCCAAUGUGGUCUUCGUCUACAUGCUGUGUCGGGACGUCGUGGACGGCGACCUGGUGGCGUCAGAGCACGAGCUGCAGGCCAUCCUGCUCACCUGCCUCUACCUGUCCUACUCCUACAUGGGCAACGAGAUCUCGUACCCGCUCAAGCCCUUCCUGGUGGAGGCGGGUAAGGAGGCCUUCUGGGACCGAUGCCUCGCCAUCAUCGACGCCACCAGCGCGAAGAUGCUGCGAAUCAACGCCGACCCACACUUUUUCACGCAAGUAUUUGCCGAACUGAAGAGUGAAGGCGGCUGUGGCCCUCAGGAUUAUAGUCGGGUUCUGGAUCGGUGAGACGAGCCAUCUCCGCUGACCUCAUGCCUUCUUGUGUCUCACGCACAGAAAUACUUGCACACACUUUUGUCCAAGUACACAUCUCCGUUCCUUUUCUCUGCUGAUGCAGAAGCAAAGGGAUCUUGACAGCAGACCUUAUUUAUUCAUUCCAUCCCCAGAUAGAAACUUUCCCACUGAAGAUUAUUUGAUUACCAUCUCAUAAACACAAGCUUUACUCCUGGAAUAUCCACUUGCGUUUGCACAACACGAGGAACCAUUUGGUCCACCUGUCCCACCAUCUGACCCCAUGCGGCUGCUCCCAGUGAUCCCAGCUGCCUCUGUGAAUCCACACUCCCAGAACCUGAAUCUUCUCCGUCAUCACCACCAUUAAGGAUCUUUCUCUAAAACAUCCACGUGGAUUCAGACUGGUCCUCACAUGCCGCAGUUAUUUUCCUGGACGAUACAUGGACACAUGUUGGCAUCCACUGCGAGUUUCGUCCCUGCGGUGAAGAGUGACUCAGACUGACGGGAACAGCUGAGAAGUCCACGCUUGGUCCCACUGGUCCUGCUGUGCAAUGUGUAAUCAGCAAUGCAAAGAGAACAGGCUUUUUGUUUUGUGGAGCCUUUUGGGGGUCAAGGGGACAGUUGCUGGUUUUUAUCUUUACUCGUUCAAACCUGCCGCCAAACUUUUCUGUGUUUACAUCGUAUCUAAUCUGAGGAGAGUUUCUUGGGGGAUACAGAAUUACAGAAUUCUUGACGAGUUUGUGUGUAGUGUGGUGGACGGCAGCCGGGGUCAUCAGCUGUUUACCCCGUCCUUUGUAUCCCUGCGUUUUGUUGACAGAGCGCCCACAGCCGUGGUAUUAAUGAGAUUAACAGAUUACCCUCCCCUCCCCGCCCCCGCUCUCACCUUCUGCCCCCCUCCUCUCGUCCACUCAGCAGCUUCACCGCACUCUUAUCCAGAGACCCAAACACACGUGUGCACUUGAAACACAUUUAUAUACACAGUAUGUCAUUUCUGCCUCAAGGGGUCUCACUCACAAUCAAAAAAAGACCUAGUUUGAUGAUGUUGGGAAGCAGAGGAAGUGGGAAGUGUUUGUGCUUUAAGGGGAAAGAUUUGGCGAAAGAUCGCAAUGAGUAGUCGUGAUCCAUAAUUGGCUAGUACUGUUUGAUGUUUGUCCGAGAAGUUGUAGCAGAGACUAAUAUUUUCAUUAAAUACGUAUUUCUAUGGAUUAAACAAGUGAUGGCAACCAUUUGUCUUGAACAUCAAGACACUUACAGGGACAGGAAGUUGUUUGCCCCUCCCUCAAAUCUACAUAUUUUGCUUAAUUAGUCCCUGCUUCGGUAGAUUUAAUCUCCAUUUCCUAUGUUUUUUUAUUUAUGUCAGAGGUCGAACCCAAUAUUACAUUGAGAAAAGAAAAGUGUACUUUUAAAAGCAGGUCAUAGCAGAGGCUCUUGGUGCAUAAAAGGAUGAAUAAACAAAGCAAGUACAUAUUUAUUGCUGCAGAUUACAUGGUUGAGUUGAGAUUUUUAGUGGAUUUUUGCAUUUUCUUCCCAGAAAGUCCCAGAAAUCUCAUUGAUUCUGAACCUUUGUUACUUCAGAUUUAACCACACAUUUCAAACAAGUAGCACAUGUCUACGAGCUGGCCUUCCUUUGGGAAUUUGACAAAAAAUUCCUUGCAACUUAAUCUAGGACACUAACACCCAUGAUGGGAACCACAGAUUAUGAAUGCAGUGGCUGACUUCCACCACCAUGUGAUGAUGCCCACAAUAGCAUGUGGCAAAGCUUUAAUCUCAUUGUCUUUUGGCAUCUGGAGGUUUUUUUUCCCCUCCUUCACGUGGCAGGCGCUCGGCUCUGUGUCACAACAGUGUUCAGUACAUUUACCCACAAGGUCAUAGCUUAUAUUAAACAAAAAUCCUAUAAGAAGUGACAUUUACGCACACAUGCAUAUAAAUACUUUCUCCUUGGGGAAAUCUAGUCCUAAUCCCACCACCCAAUCAAACAGAAAGAGGGAGCGCAGAAUGAGAAAAUGGUUCAAAAGCUGAGGAGAUUCAACGGUGUCGCACUUCUUGUUACAGUUGUGGCUCGGCUCUGACAAAGCAGAGGCCUGUUAGAGCCGAUCCAGGCCUGUUAGAGUCAAACCUGCCUUUGUGCUCACUCAGAGAAUCUCCACCAGUCGAUGAGCGAAAAGCAGAGGCAGUGAUUCAGGCUCAGAGUGAAGUGAAACAUUGCUGCUGUCUCUGUGUCUUGAGUUUCAACUGGCAGCCAUUUUGUGCUUCUUCUUGUUGUGGCUUAUACGGUAAACAGUUCAAGCUCCAGCUCUCUUUACUUAAUAGUACCUCCUCAAUGUGUAGAGCCGAGUCAAGUCGUGCUAGAACUGUAUAAGGGGAAAUCGCUAUAUCAGGCUCAGUCCUAUUCCAGCCCUUGCCGCUACCACUUAGCCCGACUCCUCAAUCUUUGUGUGUUAACAUGUCAACGUAAAAUGUCCCACUUCUUGUUGAAAUGGUGCUAAUUAGCAUUCUAAACUAGAGAGGGCAAUGCGAUAAGUCCCAGAUUAACCAAAUCCAAGGAAGCUAAUGUUACUGCCGUGAAGCCGGUUAGCUUAUAUUGAUUAGCUAGCAUCAUGAGGCUGACAUUGUUUAGCAUGUUUUAUAGCUAAGCUAAUGUAACUGUCAUAAUUAAAGCUAACACUGAUUAGCUAAUGUAAUUAAGCUGGUCAGUCAGUUUUCCCAGGCUUGGAGGACAUUUUCGGACAUCUUUGCAAACAAACUAAUUUUCUUGGGGUAAAAAUCAGAAAUGGGACUGGACCUCUCUCUCUCUUUUUUUUCGCUGUCUCUCCUGACACGGGCUUUAAAAAGGACACUUGUCUCUUGACUCAACUCCAACUCUACCCGUCCCUCCCUCCCUCCCUCUCUCUUACACACACACACACACACACACACACACUCAGCUGUUGUUCCCUGACUAUUUCAUUUGAUUUGACGCCCCACACCCGCCAGCCAUUGUCAGGACGAGGAAGGGCAGAAUGGGGCUGUUUGUUGGCAUCGCUGUUGGUCGUGAAUGUGGGUCAAAGUUAAGGGCAACAUCUGCUUCCACCAGUCCGUCCACCGCGGCCCAGCACCCUAAUCAAAUCAGACGUUACAGUGCGGCUGCAGGUUCUCAUUCGGUGACGCAGACAGCAAGGAGCUGCGGUCAUUUAAGUCCAAUCAAGCUUUUACACAAUUUGUCAAAUAUGCGUUGAUGAAAAAACAGCAACUGUCCUCCUCUGCCUGUAGCAUCUGUUUGAUCUGUCAUUGAGCUGCUGCUCCUCCAAUCGUUUUACAGAACAAAGCCAAUUAACUUGCGUCUCAGCUGGAGCUUUAAUUCUGUUCAUCCAAUCAAAAGCCCUCAGCUUCAUCCCCGAGGUCUUAUACGUGAGUGAUGGCAGACGGACACAUGAUGAUGAUGAUGCCUGUGGCCAUUUUUGAGACUUGGGAGAUUGAAAUGUGACUUUGAGUGCAAACUGGACUUCAUCAUUCUGUGGAUGAGAUUUCAGAUGGGCCUUCGACUGGUUAUGUCUUAGAGACGUUUUUGAGUUUGUGUGAAAAAUGUGAUGUGGAUUUAAGGGUCGGGUGUUUUUUUGUGCUUUUCUUACCGUCAACAAAUCAUUGUAGCAGAACUACACUCUUUUAUACUCAGAAUCCCAUGGUUCUCAAACUGUGGUGCCUGUACCAGUGGUACUCAAGCUUCCUGUGGUGGUACUUGGAGGAAAAUCACCUUAUCUCUCUUACUUCAAGAGCUCAGUAUUUUCUCGUUUGAAAACCACUGGUUUAAGUGAAUUUAUUCUAAGAUUUCAGCCUCAUAAAUGUAAAUAUUUUAAAAGACAGUGAUUUUGAGGUUUGGGGAACACCUAAUUUUCACCAUUUUCCGACAUAUUAUGCAACAAACAACUAAUAAAAUAAUCAUUGCAGCCUUAAAUGCAAACAUGAACGAUCUCAGUGACUGGAAAUGAUUUCUUUGUUAUAUGGAGCAAGCAAAGAAACCAGACAAUAUUCACAUUCAAGAAGCUGAAAAAAGGUCAGAGAUCAAAAUGAGUGACGAUUCAUUUAGAAAUGGAUUAAUAAUCGAUGAUAAACAAAACAUAUUGCCAACGUGCAUCAUAAUGAACCAAAAUCCAAGCUUAAUACAGUUUCUCAUAUAGCUAUUGAUAAUAGAUAGAUGUUUUUUGUUUUUUAUGGGAUUUGUUUGACGGUAAUAGAAACAUAAAGACGCCUCCUGCUUCUCGUUAAAUUCACCAUAGCUCUGUGAGUUGUGUUAUUUCACUUUGCUGCUGCUGCUGCUGUCGGUCAGUGUGAAGCCUGAGCCUGACAACGAUGACGAUGAUGAUGAUGAUGUACAGAAAAUAUGUGAGUGUGCAACAAAAAAGAGCCAUUGAGAAUUAAAAAAAAUAAAUAAAAACAGUCUUGCUGUGCAGUAGCAUGCCUGCCAGCAGUGUAGUUUAGAUACUUUUUUUGUAUGUUUUUGUUUGUUUGUGUAUGUUGUUUUGGUUUUUUUUACACCGAGUCGUGUUUUGAAUUUUAUAUGUGACGUUGUAAAUGAAAACUAACUUAAAACCUGGUCUCAUUGGAGUGUUUCUCGGUUGGAAAACAUGGUGACGUUGUCAACAGUAUUUAAUCACGGUGGUUCUGUCCAUGUGUAGAACAAUUAUCAACUCUCAUGUUCCUCAGGUUUGCUCCUGAGACACUGUAGCAGAGCAUGUGCAUUUGUUAUGACGACGUCACGUCAUUUGCGUUAAACUCACUGUGCUCAGUUACACGUGGCCGCUUUGAUGUUUCAGUCCAGUUGUCUUUUGGAGCUAAAUGUGUAAAGAAAAUGUCUCCCUCAGAUUCACACAGUUCAUGUACAGAAAUGAUCGAGUUAGACCCGGAUCAGUAGCUGUUUUCAUGAGCGCGGCAGCUGGCAACACAAAGGUGGCCAUUGUGCACGGCGGCGUUUGUCGCAGGCUGCUCCGACUCCGGCUGCGUCCGCACUCGCUGUAGCAGUUUCAUCUGAAGAGAGAUUUUCAAAAAAAUCCAAUGACUUCACAUUCUAGUGAUGUCAGCACACUUUUUUUUUUUUCCUUGUCUUGUGUGACAUCACAAGGCAGGCGUUAACACUGAGAUUAAACAGUCUAGUUUCCGUGGUUACGGCACAUGACCUCGGGUGACUUUUGUAAAGCCACUUCAAUGUGCGUCGCUCUAAAAGUACAAUUUACUGUUGAUUGGGGGGAAAAAAACUUGAAGAAAAAUAAAUGUGAUUGUUUCAUUUUUUUCUUUCUUUUUCAUGAUGACGAUGUUUACUAUGUGGAUUAUUUAAUAAAGUAUUGAGCUGAAA